CCUGCAGACAGACGUCAUCCCCUGAAAAUAUCCUAAACAAGGUGCAGGCCAACGAGGAAGUGGAGAGGCUGAAUAGAGAACUGGAGCUAACUACCAAGGAGAGAAAUGAGCUGACAGAUCGCCUCCUUUAUGUGACAGGUGGAUCCAUGAGCAAAAGCCCCUACUUCAGGCCAAAUCCAUUUUAUGAAAACUUGAAGAUAAAGGAGAAAGAGGUCAUGUCAUUACUGCACAACUUAGACACAAAGAACAUUGAACAUCGUGAGAAAUUUCAGGAGCUCAAGAAGGAGAUUAACUUCUAUCGCAACCUGCACAGCCGGCUCCUGAUGGACCAGGCAUGUUUGAAGAAGAAAUUGGUCACAUUGAAGCAGGAGAGCAAGGAGGUACAGCGAUAUUUGUUUGAGUUGAACCGGAAAGAUGAAGACGAACAGGAGAAGACCAGCAACCUCCAGACCCAGCAAAAUGUGGUCUCAGAAACUGCAGGAGACAUGGCAUAGGAUGGAUCCCAGGAAGACAGCCCCCUGAGGAAUGAGUUUCUCUCUCAGGAGUUCCCUAUGACGACAAUCCUCACAGUCAAAGACUUUUUGGGGGAAUAUUCUUCUUCUCAGAUAAUUUCCUCAAUGUAUAGAAACCCUAAAUUUAUGUAUCCGUAUGCCAGCCUGUCUCAUUGAGGUCUUUCCCCUCUCUCAUACCGACAACACCAUUUGAGAGACAACUGAGGGGACUGCCUUGACAUCUCACG